UAGAACGAAGCAUUAAUGGUGUUCCAAACAUAUUUGACACUUCUUGUUUUAGAUGACGACGAUCGACGAAUGCGUUUUAUCAAUGGCGAUGUCAAUGGCGUCUAUCAAUAUGGCGGUGUUCAAGAUGGAAAUGGCGGUGUUCAAGAUGGAAAUGGCGGUGUUCAGAAUGGAAAUGGCGGUGUUCAGUAUAGAAAUGGUGGUAAUCAAUAUGAAAAUGGUGGUGUUCUAUUUGGCGGUGGAGGGGCACACUGUGGACGGUAUUACUGCACACAUGGAUCCUGCCAGUACACAAACAUGAACGGGGUUGAGACCCAUAGUUGUACCUGUAGUCAGGGUUGGCAUGGUGAACAUUGUGAUCAAACGGAUCACGUGACCUCAUUCCAUGCCAAUGAUUGCACAAAUCACCAAUGUUUCCACGGCCACUGCGAAAGGGACGUGUACAAUAACGAACACUGUAAAUGUAAAGAUGGAUGGACAGGAUAUCAAUGCCAUAUCAACGUAGCGCAAACAGCAAAACCAGAUACCUUGACGGUUUAUAAUUAUGACCAAGAGUGCCAUUUCCAUGGUUAUUGGACUCAGUCGGGAUGCCUGUGUGACGAUCAUUGGUCGGGGAAUAGAUGUGAAUAUCUUCCAACAACAACAACAACUUCUACAACAUCAAAACCAAAUACCAUGAUGGUUAAAAAUAAUCAUUAUGACCAAGUGUGCAAUGACCAUGGUUAUUGGAUUCGUCAUUCGGGAUGCCAGUGUCACGAGAAUUGGUCGGGGGAUAGAUGUCAAUAUCCCCCAGGUUCUGGACAACAAGACCAUUGCCUUAAUCACUGUGGUGAACAUGGUACGUGUACAAGACACCAAUCACAUCAUGGAAAUGAGUACUGGAAUUGUAAGUGUGAUCAUGGAUGGCACGGGGAUCACUGUACAUUUCAAUACAUUGUGACUCAUAGUACACAUUGUCAUAAUACUUAUUGCGUGAAUGGAGACUGUACAUAUUAUCAAGACACAAUGGGUCAUAAAUGGGGAUAUCAUUGCAGGUGUCACCACGAUUGGGAAGGUGACCAUUGCGACCAAGAAAAAACAAGUAUGUAUCCUUAGACUAUGGAUAUAUACCAUUAACCCUUACCA